AAAUGAAAUAAAAUCAAAAUCGACGCUAGCUGUUAACACUGGACAACUUUUUACUACUGUUGUAUUAUGUUAAUCUUCAAGGCUGUAUUGAGCAGCACCACUGGUCAUUUUCAAAUCUAGCCUCAAUAAUCGUCUGCAGUUCUACGCCUUUUAGUAAGGGAAGACUCUCAGAGGUGGUUUUUAUUUGCAAUUAUGAAGAGUAUCCUAAAGAACAAAGGCUCUUUAGGACAUGUUCAAAAAAUCGAAGUGCAAAGAAGCAGUAGUCUUGACACUGAAGGUCAGGCUGGAAAAUCAGUCGAUAAAGUUGAUGAUGGAGAACUGAGAGAAGUUGAAAAGCCUGAAAGUUUUAAGAAGCGUGCACUAAUUUGUGAUGAACAAAGGGUUUGUAGACCUGGGGAACUAGAUGAUUCAAAUACGGAAGAAAAUCAUGGAUCACGAUUAUCUGUUGUAGAUCGUACAGCUGCAGAAAGAAUUUCAUACCGUUUAAUUCAACAACGCAGUUUAGAUUUUGGUCUUUAUCGAAAACUCAAUAAUUUCAAUAUUGACUCAAGCAGUAGCAGUCUAACUCAUUCACAGGAUAAAAUUUUGGAACAUGGGGAUGAUAUUGAAAAAUUAUACGAUAAAAACCCUAAUGAUAGUAACGACUGUAUUCUGCAUCAGUCGAAUGCAUCAACUGAAACUGAAAAUACCAAUGGAUGUGAUAACAAUGACAUGAGUUCACCACAUAUUGAUUCUUUAUACAGUCAAGAAAGUGAAGUGGAAGAGGCGAAAAGUUUUAUCAAAGAUGAAGUUUACGAGAAUUCUAAACUUCUGGAACUUGGUAAAGAGUUCACUUUAAAAGAUAUUUUAGCUCAUCGUGUACCUGAAUUAGAAGUUGACAGUAGUUGUAUGGAUGACGAUGAUGUAUCAAUGCAUACUUAUCAAGAUUCUAUUUCAAAAUAAUAAUCAUAAUGAUAAAACUGGUUUAAUUUUAUGUUGAUACAGGAUUCCAUAUUGAAGCUCUAGAUUCAUUCAUACAACAUUUAACAGAUACACCAUUAAUAAAGCUUGACAUUUUGUUUUUUGUCAUAUGGAACAAUCGUUAACUCCAUCGAGUGAAAUAAUGAUCAUUUUAUGGCGGAAAGUCUCACUGAGAGUGGAUAGUUCAAAACUACUUUUUCUUUUGUUACAGUAGUAUGUUUGUUUGUUUGAUUAAUUAUUUCAUCAAUGUAUGAUAAAGCUUAUUGACCAUGACAUACUUUGAAAAUAAAUGACUAUCUAUUUCACCGAAAUUUCAUCAAAGUAAGCAUUAUGGUAGACAGUCAAAAGAACUUAGACUUUGUACAAUAUAUCUAAAAGACAUUGAUUGAUAUUGCUGUUUAAUUGUUAUUGUUGAUUAGGAUUGUACAUAUUGAAUUUUGAAUUUUCCGGUUUCAAUGAAUUGGAUUGUAUGUCUAUGGUUAAAAGAAUGAAAAGAAUAUGAAUCAGUUAAAAAAAUUUUAUUUUGUUAA